UUGACUCGACCGAUUUAGGCUUAAAACCCAUGAUAAACCCAUCUGUUAGAUCUUGCUAUCUCUAUCAUCGUCCAGUCCCCCGUAAUCUUGUUCAGGAAAAAUUUCUCUUUUUCAGAAUACUGAAAAUGCCGAUUUCUUUCUCUUCUCCGUUGUUCUUUCCCCAAUUAGCUUCUUCAACUAACCAAAGGGGAAGUGAAAGGGUUUCUGGGAUAUGGAGAAACUCACAGAUUGUGAAGAAGUUCGUUGUGGGAGCUGGGCCUAAGAGGAUUUCCUUCGACAACGAAUGUAGAGCGACCUUAGUAGCUGGGAUUAACAAGCUUGCUGAUGCUGUUUCUGUUACCCUAGGUCCAAAAGGACGCAAUGUUGUGCUUUCGGAGGGUGGGAAGUUAAGAGUUAUCAAUGAUGGCGUUACAAUUGCCAAAGCCAUAGAGCUCUCAGAUACAAUUGAAAAUGCAGGAGCUGUGCUAAUUAAAGAGGUUGCUUCUAAGACAAAUGAUUUAGCUGGUGAUGGUACUACCACUGCAAUCAUACUGGCUCGAGAAAUAAUAAAAUCUGGUUUACUAGCUAUUGCUUCUGGUGCUAACCCUUUUUCUUUGAAGAAAGGAAUGGACAAGACUGUAAAAGAACUGGUCAAAGUUCUAAGGAAGAAAAGUUGUCCUGUAAAAGGGAGGGAUGAUAUAAGAGCCAUAGCUUCAAUUUCUUCUGGAAAUGAUGAUUUCAUUGGGAACUUAAUUGCUGAAAUCAUAAGUAGGAUUGGCCCUGAUGGAGUAAUCGAUGUUGAAUCUUCCUCAUCAUCUGAUACCUCUGUGAUUGUUGAAGAAGGAAUGAAGAUCGACAGGGGAUAUAUGUCACCUGAAUUUAUAACAAACCAGGACAAAUCGACAGUGGAGUUUGAAAAUGCUAAAGUCCUAGUGACUGAUCAAACAAUAACAAGUGUCGAAGAGAUUGUUCCUUUACUAGAAAAGACAACCCAACUGAGCGUCCCACUGCUAAUAAUUGCCGAAGAAAUCUCACUGCGAGUAAUGGAAACACUGGUUCUGAACAAAAGGAAUGGCAUGCUUAAUGUUGCUGUUGUGAGGUGUCCGGGACUUUUAGAAGGAAAGAAAGGUUUGUUGCAAGAUAUUGCCCUUAUGACAGGUGCUGAUUUUAUCUGUGGAGACUUGGGCCUGACCCUUGAAGGUGUGACCUCAGAUCAACUUGGUAUUGCACGAAAAGUCACCAUAACUAAGAAAUCAACCACUAUUGUCGCUGACCCUUCUACCAAAGCUGAAAUUCAGGCAAGAGUUUUGGAGAUAAAGAAAGAUCUAGCUGAAACAGAGAGCAAAUUUAUGUCUAGAAAGCUUUCUGAAAGAAUUGCUAAACUCUCUGCUGGGGUGGCGGUAAUUAAGGUAGGAGCACACACAGAGGUGGAACUAGAUGAUCGGAAGCUAAGAAUUGAGGACGCAAAAAAUGCCACAUUUGCUGCCAUGGUUGAAGGGAUAGUACCUGGUGGUGGAGCAACCUACGUACACCUCGCAGAACAAGUACCAAUCAUAAAGAAGUCCUUGGAAGAUCUGGAUGAGAAGAUUGGCGCUGACAUUGUUGGGACGGCGCUUCUUGCACCUGCAAAUUUGAUUGCAAAUAAUGCGGGAGUUGAUGGAACAGUGGUAGUGGAGAAGAUUCGGACUAGUGACUGGGAAAUUGGAUAUAACGCGAUGACAGACAAAUAUGAAGACCUCUUUGUUGCUGGGGUUGUUGAUUCUUGUAGGGUUUCAAGGUGUGCUCUUCAGAAUGCAGUGUCUGUUGCUAGUGUGGUCCUAACAACUCAAGCUGUAUUGGUAGAGAGAAUAAGGAAGCCCGAACCAUUGAUUCCUCAUGUUCCUGGAAUAACUGAUCAAUGAUAACUCUCUGUUUUUCUGUGAUCACCUUGUUUGUAUAUACAAGAGGAACCUUUUUUUUGUGUGUGUGGGAUUUUGCGAAAAAUUAAAUUAUGAACAUCUCAUUUUAUUUA